AUGGCUAUUUAUAAAGCCAUAUGGUACUGCAUGAAUCAACUCAGAUUCAAAGGUAAACAAGUGUCUCACAAUGCAAUUAUCUCCUCCAUCAUUGCUUUUGUUGCUCUGACAAGAAAUUAUACCAAACUAGCCACAGGGCCUUCCAUUAUUGGGUUCAGUAUCCUCAAAGCCUUUAGUGCUCAAACACAUCACCCUAAGGCUCCUCAAAUCUUAGAAGUCAUAUGGUGCCUUCCAUUUGGACAUUGGUUGAAAUGUAACACAGAUGGUUUGACUUUAGGCAACCCUGGAUUAUCUACUUGUGUUGGCAUUUACAAGAACAAUAUUGGAGAUUGUGUAAGAUGUUUUGCUUCUAAUCUUGGCAUUCAUAACUCUUUCUUUGCUGAGCUUAUGACUAUCAUAUUAGCAAUCGAGAAGGCCAAACAUAAUAAUUGGAACUCACUAUGGAUUUAA